CCUGAACUAGAGCUGCCUGGGGAGAAAUGGCGGUGGCGGCUGGGACAGCGGGCGGCCUAGGCUCGGCCUUGGGCUGGCCGGCCGCGAUCCGGCGGUUGCUGCGGCAGUUCAGCUUCUCGCAGAGGCCAGGAUUCCAAUGCCUCCCUCUGGUGGUGGAGGGCCAGCAGGUGGGACUGGUGAUGCCAGCUGUUGCCAGGGAAUUGCGAGCCUUUCCCGAUGUGUUCGUGGAAGUGGCAGGGGGCCUGGAGCUUCGAGGGGGUCGUUGCCCCGAGGAGCGCACAGAGGCUGUGGCAGGGGUCCUGGCACAACUGCGGACCCAGGGCCGCCUGGCAAGACUGGCAAAGUGGCGAGAUGAGGCAUAUGAGGUGCGGCCCAGUUUCGGAGCCCCAGCCUUAUUUAACGUGGAGCGAGCAGCAGCCGCCCUGCUGGGAGUCCUCCAGUUUGGAGCUCAUCUCAAUGCCUUUGUGCACCGUCAAGAUGAUACAGCAGGAUCCCGGCAGAUGUUCAUGUGGCUGGCAAGGCGGUCCCCUCACAAGGCCACCUACCCAGGCCUGCUGGACAACCUGGCAGCCGGGGGCAUAAGUGCUGGGCUGGGCGUCAAGGAAACCAUGGUGAAGGAGAGCUGGGAGGAGGCCCGGGUGCCCCCAGAGCUGGCAGCUCAAGCCCAGCCAGUGGGCUCUCUCAGCUACACCUAUGAGGAGAUGGAUGGGGAAGAGUUUGGGGCUGUGGUUCGAGAAUGCCUGUUUAUCUUUGACCUAGAAGUGCCUGAAGACUUCACCCCCCAAGUGGGUGAUGGGGAAGCACAAGAAUUCUACCUCUGGCCCCUGGACAAGGUCAGGGAAGCUGUGAAUUCUGACAGCUUCAAGCCCAACUGUGCCCUAGUGGUGGUGGACUUCCUGUUCAGACACGGACUGCUACAUCCGGACCAGGAGCCCCUGUACCCAGAGCUCAUGGCAGUGAUGCACCAAGCCCUAUGAGCCAUGCCCAGGAUGCCAGCAGGAGGCAGGACCAGGGAAGGGGGACAAGAGCCCAGAUUUGGGGUGCUUCUGCUAUUUUUAUGGACAGACAAGGUGGGGAACCUUCCAAGAUGGCAGCUUCCCAAUAAAAGGCAUGGGAAAGCCCAGGCAGAACUGUGCUCAGAAGGGUCCUCCCAGACCCAGGUGUCUGCCAUUGAACAUGCAGGAAUCCAAAGAAGGAAGUGAAUGCUAAGAGGCCCCAGGUAAGGCCAGGAAGGAAAGGAAGAUUCGGGACAUGGUACAGCAAAAUCCAGUGAUCUUCCCAGGGCAGAGACUGGAACCUCCAGAAGGUGAAGGAGUGAGGGGUUUGAGUCCACAGGUACAGAAAGGGGAAGUCACAGACAGCCUUCUUUCAACCUUUCCCCCCGAAAUGGUCAAGCUAGUGUUGGGGUCCCUGGUCCCUGCUGUGUUCUCCCAGGGUCCAGUCUAUGUCCCUUCUGUCCCCUCACCCAGGGGUCUGGGGGGCACCACAGAGCACAGCCUAGAGUCAAGAAGACCAGAAUUCACAUCCGGCCUCAGAUAUAACUGGGCAACCUCAGGCAAAUCCCUUAAUCUCUCUGCGAGUCAGUGUUCUCAACUGUGAAGUGGGGUUAUAAUGAUACCUGCCUCCCAGGGUUGUGAGGAUCUAGCAGGACAUUUGUAAGGUGCUUGCACGGUGCCUGGCCUAAGUCAGGCACUGUAGAAAUGCUUCUUCCCCUCCCUUCCUUUCCCCUUCAGGUCAGAAUCAGUUGCCCAGAACCCGAUCUGUACGGGUUCUGAUCCUCUCCUGCAGUGGCCACCUGGACUCUUGUCCGAGCCGGUUGGCUCUUCCAUUUGUCCAAUAGUUGUUGGUACUACAGGUGAUGUCUCAUACCUGUUAAACGGUAAUCUGCCCAUGAGAAAGUCAAAGAGAGAGAAACAAGCAGGGUUCCUGCCCCUAUCCCCCAACAGGGGCUGUGGCAGCCAAAACAGCUCAUGUAAACUUGAGUCAUCUUUAGAGGUGAAAUUGGAGAGUUUAGGGCCUUCAGUGUUCAGUUCGUUGAGUCCAACCAUUCCCUUGAAGACCCCCUUGAAAACGUCCCUGGGGAGGGGGACAGCCCCCACCUCUUGAGGCCCUGUCUGGCUUCGGGCAAGUUCUUCCCGAUUUUGAGCCUAAACCAACCUCCAUGUAACCCCCACUGCCCUUUAAAUCCUUGGAGACAGCUUCCAUAUCCUAGAGUCAUCAUCUUCAUCUCCACAGCCUCACUUCCUUCAGCCCAUUCUCAUCCAUCAUGGACCCAAAGCCUUUACCGCACCAGGACUCCUCCUCGGAAGGGUUUGUUCUGUGUCCAUAUGAAACAAUGGUGCCCAGAACUGCACCCAAGUUCCAGCUAGGCUCUCAGGAUGGCAUGGAACGUGACCUUUCCUUUCCCAGAAGCUCAACCCCAGUCCCCUGGGUUUGUCCUGCCUUAUCCCUCUGCUGACCCAUGGAGCUUACAGUUCUCUCAAAUCCCCAGAUCUUCAGAACAACUGCUAACUAAGCCCUUUCCCCAUUUUAUAUUUGGGAGGUUGAUUUUUUUUUUUUUUAGUACCCAAGUACAAGACUUUGAAUUUGACCUAACUGACUUUCAUCUCAUAAGAGUCACCCGGUGCUGUAGCAUGUGAAGACCAUCCAGUGUAUUAUUCCUCCAGUCCCAGGCUUAAUAUUGCCACCAUCUCUACCUUUGUCCAAAUCCUCAAUAAAAGUGUUAAAUAACCUGAGAGCGAGUGCAGGCCCCCAAGGUAUUCCCCUAAGAGCCCCCGCCCAUAUUGGCAUAGAGUCAUUCACUUCUCCUUGACUCCAUCAUCCACCCAGCUCUGAAUCCAUAUGACUCUGUUAUUGGCUAAUCCAUGUCUUUCCACCUUCUCCAUGACAAUAGUACGAGAUACUCUCUCCCCCCAGAACAGAUGUCAGCCCAGCACAUGGGGGCACCCCCAGUGUUCACAAAAAGGUCCAGCUUUGCGUGAGGUGAGUCAGACAAGAGCCCCUGGAACCCAUGUCCUGAAUGCCCCAGGCAUGAUGUGUGAGGGGUAAGCAGAUGGUCCUCUGGUUCUCCUGCCUGUCUGCCUGGCUCACUCAUCAUCCCCUGUUCCUAAGUGUGGGUGUCGCCAAGGCUGUUCUAGGGCCUCCUCUUAGGAACGUAGAGUGAGAGCUAGGAAGGGGCUUCAGGAGCAAGGGAUUUUUAACCUGGGAUCUGUGAACUUGGAUGGGGAGUAAAUACCUUUGUUUUCACUCAUCUCUCCCCAAUAUUCACUUCUCUUAUGGACUGAAAAAGCAACGAUUUUGAGAAAGGGUCCACAGGUUGCAGCAGACACCGGAAGGGUUGCAUACUCCUUCCUAGGCCAACUCCCUUAUCUCACUGAUGAUGUAGUUAAGGGUCAGAGAGGUUCAGUCACUCACCCAAAGUCAGGCAGGCAUCAAGUAACUGCCAGGUUCAAAGCCAAGUCCCCUGACUUUACAUCAAGUGCGCUUAACACUUUGCUGGGUUUUUCUUCUUUCCUCACCCUCCUGGUUCAUGGGGUCAGUUAAGAGUGAGGUGAAGGUGACUCCCAGGCCUGUGUAUCCCACUGGUCAGCCAGCAAGCCUGUAGUAAAUGUUUACCAUGUGCUAGGUGCCAGGCUAAAUGUUGGGACUACAUCUGUGAGCAAAGGGAGCUGAAUGCGUGGGUAGAGAAAAGUCGUGGGGAGAUGAGUCAGCAGGGCAGCCUGGAGAGGGAUGUCAACAUCUUCCACCUGGGCCUCCUCCUCAAACUGGAUCUUCUGGAAGGAGCUGGCUGAUUCGGAGGAGGAGGAGCCUCAGGGCUCUCCAAAUGAGAG